GUAGCUAAGAACCACUUGUCUGAAUCGAUGUGGUGAUGACACAGAGAAGGAACAGAUGGCACAGAGUUGUCUCUGCUCCAUUCAUCACGUCAACAACUGGAAACAGUGACAAUACCACACUGGCUUCUUGCAAAUUAUGGAGCUCAGCAAGCAAAUUAGCCUGACUGGCAGGAGGUCUCAGAAAAGUAGACUGAAAUCUGCCUUGGACAGCUAUGGAGAUCACAUCACUGCUGAAAGAGGUAAUCCAGUACUGCCAUUAUAAAUGGGGACAUUGUGGCCACUCCGAUUACCCUACAUGUCUGACUGGGCCAGAAGUCUAAUGGCAGGUGUGGAGCCUGUUGGGAAGCACACCUGGCAGAAGUUCCAGCUGGGCCACGGGACCAACUCUGUAGAAAGACCUGAGACACCCUUAAGAACUGAGAAUCUGACUAAUUUAAACAGAUGGCUAAUCCCAGUGCUGUCUGCAAUGGGCACCUACAUCAUCAUCAUCAGAAACAGAACAACCUCUUAAAAAGUGGAAUCUAUAAGAAAAAUGGAAUUACUAAAGGAAUGAAGAAGAAUGGCGUGUCAAACGGAACUCUCUACAAAAAGACAUUUAUUGAGCACUUUGAACAGGCACCAAUGUAUGUUGCAGUUUUUACUGUCGUGGGUUUUGCAGUGGGAACAAUAUUUGGCUACCUGCGAGAUUUUAUGAGAGCCUGGGGACUAGAAAAACGUAACAUUGCUGAAGAGAGAGAACAACAAAAAGAUUUUGUGCCACUUUAUCAAGAUUUUGAGAACUUUUACACCAGAAACCUCUAUAUGAGAAUACGGGAUAACUGGAACCGGCCAAUUUGCAGUGUCCCUGGGCCACAGUUUGACCUCAUGGAACGUGUUACAGAUGAUUACAACUGGACAUUUAGGUUUACAGGAAGGACUAUCAAGAAUGUAAUCAAUAUGGGUUCUUAUAACUACCUCGGCUUCGCAGAAACAGAUGUUAAUGCUUUGAAAACUGUGACCAUAGAGUUAGAAAAGUAUGGGACGGGAGUCUGCAGUACCAGACAAGAAAUGGGCACCCUAGACAAGCAUGUAGAACUAGAAAAACUUGUGGCCACGUUCCUUGGUGUUGAAGAUUCCAUGGUGUUUGGCAUGGGCUUUGCAACUAACUCGAUGAAUAUUCCAGCCCUUGUUGGAAAGGGCUGCCUCAUUUUAAGUGAUGAGUUGAACCACACUUCUCUCGUUCUUGGUGCGAGGCUUUCUGGUGCCACUAUUAGAAUCUUCAAGCAUAAUAAUAUGCAGAGCCUCGAGAAGUUGCUGAGGGAUGCAAUAAUAUAUGGGCAGCCUCGCACCCACAGAGCAUGGAGAAAAAUUAUCAUCCUCGUGGAGGGGAUUUACAGCAUGGAAGGGUCCAUUGUGCGCCUGCCAGAGAUAGUCUCCUUGAAGAACAAAUACAAAGCCUACCUCUACUUGGACGAAGCUCACAGCAUCGGUGCAGUGGGAGCAACGGGCCGAGGAGUCGUGGAGUACUUCGGGAUGAGCCCUGAUGAUGUUGAUGUAUUAAUGGGAACGUUCACGAAGAGCUUUGGUGCAGCUGGAGGAUAUAUAGCUGGCAAAAAGGGCCUUGUGGACUUUUUACGAACUCAUUCUCACAGUGCUGUGUACGCCACAUCCAUGUGUCCACCCGUAGCAGAGCAAAUCAUCAGGGCAAUGAAAUGUCUCAUGGGACUAGAUGGGACAACACAAGGGCUCCAAAGAGUGCGCCAGCUGGAGAAAAACACAAGGUACUUCAGACGAAAACUGCAUGAAAUGGGCUUUAUUAUUUAUGGCAAUGAUGAUUCGCCUGUUGUCCCCUUGCUCCUUUAUAUGCCUGGUAAAAUAGGGGCUUUUGCAAGACGCAUGUUAGAAAGAAAUAUCGGGGUGGUCGUGGUUGGGUUUCCAGCUACUCCUAUCACAGAAUCCAGGGCUCGGUUUUGUGUGUCAGCUGCACAUACACGGGAGAUGUUAGACACGGUUUUGAAUGCUCUGGAUGAAUUGGGUGAUUAUCUACAACUGAAAUAUUCCCGGUAUUCCAAGUCAUCUCAUCCUGAACUGUAUGAAGAAACUAGGCUUGAACUUGAAGAUUAAGUUUUCCACCUCUGAAGAGAACAUUAUGAUGCUAUGAAAGGGCGGAAAACCCGAAAACUGAAAAACACGAACGCAUUUCUUCCCUUCUAAGGACAAUUUUUAUUUCUCAGUUAAUUGAAAGGAGGGGAAGUUCGGCUGUUGCAUCUUGUUGUAUCAAUUUUCUGUAUUCAAGAGACUGAAAUAUUGAUACAGAUUUGCCUCCCCAGGAGAUCUGUGCUUCUUACGGUAUUUUUGAUGCAGGAUGAAUGCAUCCAUUUUUCGAGUUGCUAGCGUACAGCUUUUGGUAUGGCCCCUUUUUAUGGAGAGGCUCCAGAUAGUCUUAAUUGUGACUGAAAUAAUAAAGUUUAAAAAAAAAUUAAUAGAUUCCAGUGUAAUAUAGCUGAGCUUCAUCAGUGAGACUGACUUCUAUCUGUUAAAGAGCAUAAAUCAAGACCUCAGUAUGGAAUGCUACAGAGGAAUGAGCAGAAAGUGAUCUCUUUUACUAAGUUGCACUAUCAUGCAUUUCUCCAAGGACAGAAAAUGUUAGAAAAAGAUUAAUGCUGAGAACAAGAGAAGUAGCCUGAUCAGAUCAUGUGUUUCUGAUGGCAGAUUAUGGGAAAGGGAGAAUGCCUCCACCCAUCCACAGACCUUUUCUCAGCUGCUGAAAUGCACUCUAAGCUUUGGAUUGUACAGAAAUUUGGGCUUAGACAUGAACAGAAAUGCUUUUGUGCCAACACAUUUGACCUACAACCUAUCCCAUCUUCUCCCAAUGUAAGUUCUUCGGCAGGGCUUGCUCCCUUUUUGUGGAGCAGUAGUAAAUAAUUUUAAUAACCAUUUAACUUUCCCGUAAAAACCUUGAUCAAAACAGUCAGAUACUUGCAGUUCACAAACUGCAGAUGACAUUUAUGGGCCCAUUCCUAAGUUUCUUGAACUACUUAUGGGCCUAAUAAAUUCACUAACAAGUACAUAAUGCUGAAGCUGUUAGUUAUACAGAAUGUGAAGUUCAAUACCAUGAGCAGUUCUGCCACCUGUUAAACAGAAAACUCCAUCAUUUCUAUGUGUGCUUAAGUCAUCCAUGUAAUAACAUUUCUUGAAAUAUUCUUGUCUGUUUUAUGCAUGUCAGGGGUUGUUUUAUUUGUCCAGUUUUUCUGAGUCGUUUGUUUUUCAAAUAAUUGUUGUAUCAUCUGAGGGGGAAGAUGUGCUUGUCCCCUUGUCCCCUGCCUGAGUGACAGUGCUCAAAGCCACCUGAAGGAGUUGUUAAAGCCAACAGUUUCCCUGCAAUGCCACAGCAGCAUUAUCCUCAGGCCUGUGUGGGCUGAGUUGCUGGAAGGAGAUUGGAGGCUUUUCCCUUUUUUUCUUUGCAGCAUUGAAAAGCAGUUCUGCAGCUUUAAGAAUGAACUCCAAACAAUUCCACGCUAUCAAAUGUCAUUGUAAACACAUCAGAUGAGAGAUGUUUAGCUUUCUGUUGCACAGAUGUACCACACUUUCAUGUUCUCUUGAAAGCUGUGGUGUAAACUUAACCCACAGCUGCAAUAUUAGAUUUAAGAACAGAACAAUUAAAUUGUGGAGUACCAAUUACACUAUAUUACUCCCUGCUUGUUAAAGCAGCUUUCAGGAUAUAACCAGGCUGACUGAUUAUGAGGGCCCAUUUUUGUUGGAUUUUUGUUGUUGUUGUUGUGCUAGUUAAUAAAAAUCCAGUGGUGCUAUAACUUUAAGAAUUGAUUACAACACAUUCCAUAAUAUCAAGUGUCGGCUUUAGGAAACAUAUAUCAAGGGCUGGGGGAGGACUAAAUGGUGUGUCAUAUGAUUCUUCACUUUGGUGGACGGACUUGAAAAACACUGCAGAGGUUCAGGGGAGCUGUGUUUGUGGAUAAGAGCAAACUCACUGUAUAAAUAAUUAAAUACUCAAGCACAGGACGAGGAGAAAUUAGGAAACAUGAACUUUGAGUAACCUGGCAACUUGUGAUGUACAGCUUUGUUACAUGCAGAGU